GGAGGGGAGGGGUGGAGAGACGCAGGGCUCGCUUGUGGCGUAGAAACUGUUUCCGGGUUGCGCUCCCGGAAGCAGGAAGUUGUCGGCCCACCCCUCCUCGCCGGGCGGCUUGGUGUCCCCGAGGCGGGAGGAGCCCGAGGGGGCGCGGGCCCGCAUGUUUCAGAAGCCGGCGCCUCCGCACCUCCCCCUGGGGCAGCGCUCGCCUCCACCAGAGCCGGACCUUCCUCCCGGAGGGAUUUCGAAUUGGAAGACAUGGAUUUUGCUGCUAACGAACUCAGCAUUUAUGACAAACUAUCAGAGACUGUUGACUUGGUGCGACAGACCGGCCAUCAGUGUGGCAUGUCAGAGAAGGCCAUCGAGAAUUUCAUCAGGCAGCUACUGGAAAAGAACGAGCCCCAGAGGGGGCCGGCCCAGUACCCUGUGCUCAUCGCUGUGUAUAAGGCGCUCCUGACGCUCGGCCUAGUGCUGCUGGCCGCCUACUUCGUGAUCCAGCCUUUCAGCCCGCUGGCGCCCGAGCCCACACUGGCCGGGGCCCACCCCUGGCACACGCUCAUCCGCCACAUCCGCCUGCUGUCCCUACCCAUCACCAAGAAAUACCUGCCCGAGAGCAAGGCUGCCGUGCUGCCCGCGACAGAGGAGGACAGGCAGCUGGCCGGCCCCGACCCCUGGUGGCCCCAUGACUGUGAGCACAACGAGUCGGAGCCAGUCCCUGCCAGCUGCAUCGUCUGCGCCCACAUGCUGCCCCUUGAAGUGAUGCUCCCGGAGGACGCCCCGAAGAUGUUCGACCACCUGCGGCAGCUGGUGAUCAAGACUGGACAGCCCCUACGGCCUGAAGAGAUCCAGCACUUCCUGUGCCAGUACCCGGAGGCGGCCGAUGGCUUCAGCGAGGGGGUGUUCACCCACUGGCAGCGCUGCUUUCCUGAGCGCUGGUUCCCGUUCCCCUACCCAUGGAGGAGACCUCUGAACAGAUCGCAGAUUUUACGUGAACUUUUCCCAGUUUUUACCCACCUUUCAUUUCCAAAAGAUGCCUCCUUAAAAAAGUGCUUUCUUCUUCACCCAGCACCUGUCCUGGACAGUCAGAUGCACAAGGUGCACGACCUGUUUGCGGUUGGCAGCGGUGAGGCCAUAUUGCAGCUCAUCCCUCCCUUCCAUUGCCGGAGACACUGUCAGUCCGUGGUCAUGCCAGUGGAGGCGGGGGACAUCGGCUACGCCAGCACCGCCCACUGGAAAGCCUACAUCGUAGCCAGAGGGGUGCAACCUUUGGUCAUCUGCGAUGGAACCACACGCUCGGAACUCUAGAAGGCAGAACUACCUACGAGAGCAACUCUAGCCCGGAGAGCCAGGUUAAAAGAGGGGAAAUAAAAACAAAGAAACCA